UUAAAUGUCCAUUGCUCGGAAAUAUGAUUGGCACAGGCUGCAGCGACUCGGACGGUGAGCGAUGGCGGAGUUUGUAGUCCCACGCAGCGGGCUCCUGGGGAGUUUCUACACUUUCCAACAUGUCGAGACAACUUGGUUCUAGGACGACGGGCGGCGCGCGGCGCACGCGGGGCUGAGGCGCUUAUUCUUUUCAGGAAGGACGGGGCGAAGCGGCGGCUCUGGGAAAAUGUGUUGUCAUCCUCGCGCAGUCAACAGCCUUGGGCAACAAAUAUGGCUACUUGUGUAUCCUUCGGUUCCGGCUGGAAAACCGUCCCGCUUGGACCGUGCGGGGUAGUUUCGACAAGUCCGGAGUGAUUCAGAAGCCGGGUUUGCGCCGCAGCCGCUUCGGGGCGAGAGAACGGGGAAACGGAGCGCCGCUGUAGAUGGAGCCCCGACACAAGGAGUUGUUGGAGAAGUGCUACCAGAACUUGGUGGAGUCGCUAACGGAUGCCGACCGAGUUGUGGACGUGUUGGCUCGUUGCGGGACUCUGAGCCAGGCCGAGCGCGUGGAACUGGGUCACGACUGCACCAACUCGGAGAAAGUGGACCUCCUCCUGAAGAUACUGAUCGGCAAAGACAGGGACUACUUCGCGGAGUUCUGCGCGGCUCUGGAGGCGACGCACCCUCACCUGCAGCCCGUGCUGGCGGACGGUACCGGUCCGGUGGACCACACAAGCGGAUCCACUUACAGCGUCUUGUCCACCAUGCCCUCCGACUCGGAAAGCAGCAGCUCUCUCAGCAGCUUAGGUACGCCCACCCAAGCCUCCUCUCCCCCGCCCGCUCACAUGGACAACCGCCAGGUGAACAAGGAGAUGGAGACGGUGCUGUUCCAGCUCCAGCACGUGACCCGCGAGAGGGACGAGCUCCGCAAACAUCUGGCCCUCGCCUCACCUGGAACUACCUUCGAUGACUGCAGACCCAACUCGAAAGCAGGUCACGACUAUGAGCGUUUGAAGCUGCAGUGCAUGAAGGCAAUGGCGGACCUGCAGUCCCUGCAGAACCAGCACAGCACCACCCUGAAGAGGUGCGAGGAGGCCGUGAAGAAAGCGGACUUCUACCACACGCUCCACAGCCAUCUGGCGAGUGAACACGCCCAGCUGAAAGACAAGCUCGAGGCGCUGAGACAGGACAACAUCCAGCUGGUCAGGGAGCACAACCACGUGAAGCAGGCCUGCGAGGAGCUGAGGCGGCUGCACGAGGACGGCCAGCGGGAGGUGGCAGACAUGAGGAUGCUGCACCAGCAGGUGAUGAGAGAAUGCUCCUCGGAUGUCCUCAAUAAGCUGUACGACACCGCCGUGGACAAGCUGGAGGCCAUGAAGGGUGAUUACGAGGCUCUGAGGAAACACUACAACGAGAAGACCGCUAGUCACAAUGCCGACCUGAGUCGCCUUGACCAGGCUGAGGAGGAGAAUCACCGGCUGCAGAAACAAAUGGACAUGCUGCUGAAGCAGAGAGACGCUGCCGUCCACUAUCAGCAGCAGUGUUCCUCAUCUAUAAGAAGGUUCGACAACAUACAACAAGAGCUGUCCAAGGCUGCGUCCCAGAACAAGGAGCUGCAGCGGGAGAUGGAGCGGCUGCAGUCGGAGGUGACGCGGCUCAAGACGCAGCAGUUCAAAGCGGUGAAGGACUGCGAGAAAGCCAGGGACGAGCGCGACUCUGUGAUCAGCGAGUACCGCCUCAUCAUGAGCGAGCGGGACCAGGUGAUCAAAGAGGUGGACCGGCUCCAGACCGGGCUGGAGACGGCGGAGGCCAGGCUGAAGAACAGUUCCUCAGAGAGGAGGGUGGCGAGCGAAGAGCUGGAGGCUCUCCGACAGGAGCUGGCCUCGGCGCUGGUGGACCGGGACCGGGCCAUCUGCGAGAAGAACGAGCUGCUGGAGAAAUACUGCCACGAGGUUCAGCACAAGGCCGAGGCCCAGAAGGAGCUGAGCCAGGCCUGCAAGGAUAUCGAGACGGCACGCGAGGAGCGGGACGUGGCCCGCAAGGAGAGGACGGAGGCCAUCAUCCAGAGGGACCAGCUGCUGAGAGAGUAUUACCAGGCCAGACAGAAACAGGACUCGGCCACGCUGGACAUGGAGCGGGCGAGCAAGGAGAUCGAUAUGUUGAGGAAGCAGUAUGAAGCCAUCUCCCAGGAGCUGAAGGAGGCGCUGCAGGAAGCGGAGGUGGCCAAGUGUCGCCGCGACUGGGCCUUUCAGGAGCGGGACAAGAUCGUGGCGGAGAGGGAGAGUAUUCGAACUCUGUGCGACAACCUGAGGCGAGAGCGAGACAGAGCCGUGAGUGAUCUGGCAGACGCUCUGAGGAAUCUGGAUGACACGAGGAAGCAGAAGAAUGAUGCUGCACGGGAACUCAAAGAACUGAAGGAAAAAAUGGAGGACCAGUUGGAAAAGGAAGCGAGGUUUCGUCAGCUCAUGGCUCACAGUUCACACGAUUCAGCCAUCGACACUGACUCAAUGGAGUGGGAGACGGAAGUUGUUGAGUUUGAGAAGCACAGAGACAUGGAUUUGAAAGCUCUUGGGUUUGAUAUCGCAGAAGGGGUAAAUGAUCCCUAUUUACCAGGUGACUGUGGGAUAUUUAUUAGUAAGGUGGAUAAAGGAAGUGUUGCUGAAGGACGAUUAAGAGUGAAUGAUUGGUUGUUGAAAAUUAAUGACGUGGACCUGACCAACAAGGACAGGAAGCAGGUGAUCAUGGCAGUGCUGAGUGGGGAGGGAGUGAUCAAUAUGGUGGUUCGCAGGAGGAAGUCACUGGGAGGACGCAUCAUCACGCCCAUCCAGAUAAAUCUGGCCGGACACAAAGACAGUGGCAUAGGCCUGGAAAGUGGAGUGUUUGUUGCCUCUUUGGCCUCAGGAAGUCCAGCUGCCAGAGACUGUGCUCUUACUGUUGGGGACAGGCUGUUGGCUAUCAAUGGAAUUACACUUGAUGACAAGUCGCUCUCAGAAUGCGAGUCUCUGCUGCGAAGCUGCUGUGAUUCUCUCAGCAUCUCCCUCAUGAAGUUCCUCCCGCAGAGCUUCUCUGGCCAGAGUUUAUCUGAAGGACUGAAAGACUCAGAAAAGGCCUCUCGCCUCCACUCCUCUGAAAUCUACAGCAGAAACUGCAGGAACUCCAAGCACAGCUGCCCCAAACACAACUGCUCCACGCAAACGGACUUCUGCAGCUGUGACCUGGGGGACGGAGGGGAGGAGGAGUGCAAGGACACGCGUGACUCCCGCCACAAGCCCUUCUCCAGCCGCUCCCUGCACUCCCGCUCUCUCACCAUCUCCCACGCGCCCUUGGAGCCUCGCCCGGACUCGUGCUACAGGAGGCAUGAGCUCCACCAGCGCCCCUUCGCCUUCACCCCUGUGCCGUCCGACUGCAGCGCUCCACAGGCUGUGGAUCAGGGUCAGAGCAUCCCAGUAAAGGCCAGUGGAGGCACGUGGCCGAAGGUUAUAGCGGGAGCUUCUCUAGCGGACUACACCCAGCUGUCUAUAUACAAAAGGCCCAAACAGAGGAAGUCCAUCUUUGAUGUGACUGCUUUUAAGAGACCCGACGUGCCCCCGAAGCUGGACUACAUGUCCCAGUUACCCAAGCAUUUGCCACCCAGCUUAGUGUCCGAGUCCUCUCAGGCUCCGCCCACCCCACCAGCCAGGAGCGACUCGUUCCGGUUCAAACACCGACAGCAGAACAGCUCGGCCUCGGACUCCACCAUCACCACCGGCACUCCCCCGGCCUCUCCGGCCCAAGCCACCGGCCCCCGCUCCGACGCAGAGCCCGGUGCCCAGCUCUAUUACGCCGACGCCACUCCAGGACAGGGCAAGGAGUCUACAAAACCUGGCGAGGGAGAGAGGAGUCGGCACCGAGCGGAAGGGCAGGAAAGGAGGCGGUACCGGCCCAAAUCGGCACCGGCGCUGCGGCGGAAUGUGACCCCUUUACACAUCCCAGCUCCUAUGCAGGUACAGAGUUUCUGCAAGGACGAUCACUCCCCGGAACCGGUCGACCUGUUGCGCUUCUCUCCCAUGCGGACCAACCGGUACAGCAUGUCCUUUGCACCCCCCAGCUACAGCAGCGUCCCAGCGCACCCAGGAUUAUCCCCGUGUCCCGCCAUGACCACCGUGAUGAGAAACCCCAUCUACACGGCCUGGAGCCACGAGAUCCAGAGCAGCAACUGCCCCCCGGCUCCCAGUUCAGGAGUCCAUUCACAUUCACCCACAAGCCCUCAGCAUCAAGGUCGCCUCAGCCUGGACCUCGGCCACAAGCGCACUGGAGAUUUGACGGAGACGAGCUGCAGCCACCCCCCACAGAGCAACAACUCCCUGCCACGAAACAGCAGACCUGGCGCCUCUAGUACUUUGCAGCUCAGGACGGGGCGGAUUAAAAUGCCCCCGACUCGUUAUCCUCGCUCCGCUGGAUCCGACAGAGGCUCCCUCUCGCAUUCGGAGUGCAGCAGCCCGACACCCCCCAUGUCCCCCGUCCACCUGGACGCCUCGUCGUUUACCAGCAGCCAAUCGCACAGCUCGUUUUCCACUCAGCCCAGGAUAUCAGUCAGCCCCGCUCCAGCUGGAGACAGGCGGAAGGAUGGACUCCCACUGACAGUAAAUCCCAGGUUCUUCUCUUUAAGAAGCUUGAGGCCGUACUUGGAGGAGCCACGCAACGUGACGGUGCAGAAAGGAGCAGAACCACUGGGCAUCUCCAUUGUGAGUGGAGAGCAUGGCGGAGUGUUUGUGUCCAAAGUGACGGCAGGCAGCAUCGCUCACCAGGCUCAUCUAGAGUUUGGAGACCAACUCCUUGAGUUUAAUGGGAUCAACCUUCGCAAUGCCACCGAGCAGCAGGCGCGGCUGGUGAUCGGACAGCAAUGUGACACCGUCACCAUUUUGGCUCAGUAUAAUCCCCACAUGUUUCAGCUGGGCAACCACUCGCGUUCAGGUUCCCGGAUGGAGUCCAUCAGCAACCAACCAACACCUCAAGCCAGUGGCGCCACUACUCCAGACAACCACUCCAUGGCUGACUCGCUGAGUGAGCAGGAUGAGGGCACCAUCACGCCACCGUCCCAUCAAACGACCCCCGCCUCCACCCCCCAGAACUCCUUCAGGCUUCCUGGUUCCAGUUCACGCAGGGCCGCAGAGCCUCGGCUGGUGAGACUGAAGAGGGUCCAGGGGGAGCUGGGAGUCCAGAUCUGUGGAGGAAACCUUUACGGCGUCUUCGUGGAGAGUCUGGAUGAUGACAGUCCUGCUAAGAAUCCUGAUGGCCUGCUGCCUGGAGACCUGAUAUUGGAGUACAAUGGUGUCGGCAUGAGGAACAAAACUAAGGAGGAGGCGUAUCUGGAAAUGUUGAAACCAGCUGAAACAAUCACAUUCAAAGUCCAGAACCGUGUGGACGACCUUGAUGCUGUCAAAGAGACCCACGGAGAUGGAUUUUUUAUAAGAGCGCUCUACGACCGGGUGGCAGAGGUGGAGCAGGAGCUGAGCUUUAAGAAAGAUGACAUCCUCUACGUCGAGGACACGCUACCGAGCGGCUGCUUCGGAUACUGGCUGGCCUGGCAACUAGACGAGAACGCACAGCAGAUGAAGACGGGACAGAUUCCCAGCAAAUAUGUGAUGGACCAGGAGUUCUGUAGGAGACACUGCGUGGCCGAUAUGAAGGACGAUAAUGGCACAAAUAAGACGCUGUCUGCGGCUGCACGGAGGUCCUUCUUCCGCCGGAGGCUGAAGCACAAACGCAGCGGGUCCAAGGAUGGGAAGGAUCUGGCUCUGGACGCCAUUAGCACAGACUCCUUUCCGAUCACAGAAGACGGCGUGAGCCUGAUGUACCAGCGGGUUCAGAAAGUGGAGUGCCCGUCCCACAGACCAGUGCUGAUCCUGGGCCCGUUGGCGGAAGCCAGUAAGGACAUGCUGGUGACGGAGGCUCCCACGGAGUUCUGCCGCUGUCUGCCGGAGAUCAUGAAGGCCUCCCAGCAGGCCAUCGAGCGCGGAGUAAAGGACUGUGUAUUCAUCGACUACAAACGAAGGAGUGGACAUUUUGAUGUGACAACUGUCGCGUCAAUAAAGGACUUCACAGAGAAGGACUGUCACUGUUUGCUUGACAUUUCCCCUCACGCCAUCGAGCGUCUUCACAGCGUUCACAUCUUUCCGAUCGUCAUAUUCAUUCGCUACAAAAAUGCCAAGCAGAUAAAAGAGCAGAAGGAUCCUUUGUACCUACGGGAUAAACUCUCACAGAAACAUUCCAAGGAGCAGUUUGAGGCGGCUCAGAAAAUAGAGCAGGAGUACAGCAGCUUCUUCACAGGCGUUGUCCAGGGAGGCAGCGUCUCCCACCUUUGCACUCAGAUCAUGAGCAUCGUGGAGCAGGAGCAGAAUAAAGUACUGUGGAUUCCAGAAGGAUUGCACUAGAAACCGAGCCCUCGCCUCAUGACCACGGAGGGACUCUCUUUAUUAAGGCGUACAGUAUGAAAUGGUACAUUUAACCUGUAUCGCAAACACUCUUCCACAAAUAGCAAUAUCACUACAAAUGAUUGUGUAGCGUUCUCACGGCAGUAGAGGCGUACUGUAGCACAGCUAGAUUUGUUUACACUAGUAUUUAAUACUUGAAUGCUUCGCUGUCCCUUUUUAUCUAGUUGCAGUCUUUAAAAGCCAAUUUUUGAACACGAUCGACUGCGUCUGUGAAUCGGAGGACCACUGUGUUCCCUUCUCUUUGUACAGUUCCAUGAUAUUUUAUUUAUCGUAUUAAUUCAGAAAUGACGGUUAUGAAAGACUUUUCAAUGAUUGCAGUUGUUCAGUUCAUGAAAAGGCUAUUUUCAGGUAUUUUCUAUUUAUAGAAGGGUCAGAUUAGCUUCCUUCACAUUGUUUUAUUUUUCUCCGCUGAUAUAAUUUCACAACCUGAAUGAUACAAAGCAACGUUGAACAUGUUUAGGUUUUCUUGGAUUUAUUAACAUAUGGUUUCUAUGAUAGAUCCUAAAGCAUGUACGCUGGUGUUGCCACGGUUCUCAUGUGUAAUCGUUUUGCCAAUACUGCUCUGCGGUACUGUUUUUUUUUGUUUUUUUUUACUUUAUUUAAGAAGGGAUGCUUUAUUUUCAGUUUAUACUUGAUACAUUCACCUCUAAUUAGUUGGCUACGCCAACAUUUCAUCUUUAAAGCUGGAUGAAACACUUUUUUUGUGAGGUUUUCUCCUAAUGAAGGUCAAUAUUUCUAUAUGAAAAAUAAACUAUCACAUCACUCAGUGGAA